GCCGUCGGCAUAAUAGUCUCAGUGGGACCAUUACCAAGAUUCUGAUUGGUACCUUCUGGUUUGACACUCUGAGAUCAGGCAUGACAGUGUACUUCAUGCAGCUGGAUUUGGCAGAUGCUAGAUGCGGCUGGUUUCUUGAGGACAGGGAUGACAAGAGUGCAAUCAAUGACAGGGGCGCAGGGCUACCAAGAGCGCUGCGGCCCCGAGUUGUGAAGCGCUACGCCAUGAUCAUGAUGCUGUUUGGCGCGUCUCAGGAGAGCUGGCGAUUGUACGGCAUGCCGAGUUUUCAAGCCGUGCCACGUCACGAACGCCUUCAAAGAGAGGGUGAUGGAGGUGUUCGUGCGAUGUUUGGGUGGGCGGGCUCCGCAAAGGAGAAGCUCGUUGGCAAACCAACACUCUUGACAAGAGCGGCGCCCUGCGAUCUUGUGUGGUUGCGGCAUACAGCUUCAACUGAUGGAGAGUGGUAGCAGCUGUCUCAGCGAAGGUUUUGCUUAGGUCGAGUGCUGAAUCAUCCUUUGAGUAAGCGGGGGUGGUGGUGUCUUUGCUUUGUGACUC